AUGGAUUCUGCUUCGAUCUCGCUGGCCGUCCAACUGCUGCUGGAAGAUUUGGAAGCCCUAAAGUCCGGGAUAAAGGGCAAGGGCCGGGAAGGCGACGACCUCCCUGAUAUCGACACCGCCACGGAGCUUUUCCGGGAGGAACUCGCGACGCAGGCCGUUUUUGCUUCCGAUCGAGCCAUGUGCGAGAGUAUUGCCGACGCCGUGACCAAAGAUGCUGACACGAUCAGACAACUCGAUCCAGAGCAGGCACAUCGGGAUGUUCAGCUCGACGACGAGCUCGUCGACAAACUGAAGGUCCUCUACGUCACCGGCAGAGAAGAGCCAGAAAAACAUUACCAAGACCAGGACUCUGAGCUCCCCGAGGCGAAGUCUUCCUCGUGGGGCGCCAGCCGCGCUGUCAAGCGUCGCCCAAAGAGGAAUUGCACCGGCUGCGGUGAAGAUUUCGACUUUAUCAAUGUGGCGCGCUGUCCCUGUUCUCACGAAUAUUGCCGAGAGUGCCUGGGCUCGCUUUUCGAAGCUUCGAUUGUUGACGAAUCGCUGUACCCGCCGCGGUGUUGCCAGCAGCGCAUCCCCCUGGAUCAAAAUCGCAUUUUUUUGACCCCGGACCUGGUGGGCCGCUUUAAGGCUAAAGAGAUGGAGCUGGAAACCUCCAACAAAGUGUACUGCCACGCCCCGGAAUGCUCUACGUUCUUGCCGCCAAGAUUUGUAAACGAAGUUAAAAAUACGGCUGUUUGUGUCAAAUGCAAAAAGAGAACCUGUACGAUAUGCAAGGGGGCGGCGCACGCCGGGGAUUGCCCCCAAGAUCACGGCAUCCAGCAGGUGCUGGAAUUGGCGGCCCAGGAGGGCUGGCAGCGGUGCUACAACUGCUUCAGGGUUGUUGAACUUGGGACUGGCUGUUAUCACAUGAGUGAGCCCACGACCACUUUUUCUUGGCACGACUGUUGGCUAACCAGAGGCAUCGCCCUGUUGUUACAGCAUGUCGCUGUGGAGCACAAUUUUGCUAUCUCUGCGGCGAGCGAUGGAAUGCUUGCGAUUCAGUAA